GGGUGCGAAAUUAGGGGAUAGAACUCAGGUUUUCUUCACUCAGCAGCGCCUCCGCCCCAUCCUCUGCGCUCCUGAUUCCAGCAUCACCUCUGGGAUGGGAUACAGGGAAGGAAUUCGCCUCUUUUUCCCCGCGCCGCUAAUGAGCCGCCGCUUAAUGAGCCGCUCCUUAAUUGAAGAGCGGUCUCGCCGCCCAAACUACAACUCCCAGCAUGCCCCGCGCUCGCUCCAUCCGGGUCCUCCCGCGCUGCACCCGCCCCGCCCUUCCGCGCGGGCACUUCCUGCUUCAACCCAACCUCCCCGUCGAUGAUUGACGGGCGCGACACCCAAUAGCAACGCAGCGUUCCGCGGCGCGGACCAAUCGGCGCGCACGAGGCGGGCGGCCAUGACAGUGGGCGGGCCGGGGCGGCUCCUCCCGGCUGGCGGCGGCGAAGAUGGCAGAUUUCCUGAAGGGGCUCCCGGUGUACAACAAGAGCAACUUCAGCAGGUUCCAUGCGGAUUCCGUCUGCAAGGCCUCCAACCGCCGUCCCUCGGUGUAUUUGCCCACCAGAGAAUUCCCCUCGGAACAGAUUAUUGUGACAGAGAAGACAAACAUCCUCCUGCGCUACCUCCACCAGCAGUGGGACAAAAAGAAUGCGGCCAAGAAGCGCGAGCAGGAGCAGGGCGAGCUGGAGGGCGAGAACUCGGCGCCGCCGCGCAAGAUUGCCCGGACCGGCAGCCAGGACAUGACCGAGGACACUUAAAACCCUGGGAUUCCGGAAUUCCCGAGGCUCUUCCCGCUUUUUUCACCUCCCGCACCCCCGCCCCCGCCCGCUGGGAAUUCCCGGGAUCCGCCCUAUUUAUUCGGGAUUUGCCUCGCGUGCCCGGUUUUUGGUUUGUAUUUAUGGGGUUUUUGUGGAGAGGGAGGAUUGGUCGUCCUUAGGGGCUCUAAUUCCCAAAAUUCCCCUUUUUUUGUUCUGGGAUAUCCCAGGAUUCCUAAUUCCCAAAAUUUCCCCCUUUUUUUCCUGGGAUAUCCCAGGAUUCCUGAUUCCCAAAAGUCUCUCUUUUCCCUGGGAUUCCCGGAUGCUGUUCGCUGGGAUAUCCCAGAAUUCCUUCUUCCCAAAAUUCCCCUUUUUUCCUGAGAUUCCUGGGGUUUGCUCCUGACGUCUCCCAGGAGAGCUCAUUCCCAAAAAAUCCACUUUUCCUGGGAUUUAUUCCCUCCCCAAAAUCCCCUUUUUCCUGGGAUUCCUUGGAUCUGCUCCUUGUGGAAUUCCAGAACAACUCCUUUUUUUUAAUUCCACUUUUUUGGGGAUUCUUGGGAUCUCCUCCCUGUGAUACCCCAGAAUUCCUCAUUCCCAAAAAUCCACUUUUUCUGGGAUCUCCUCCCUUCCCAAAAAUCCCCUUUUCCCAGGAUUCCCCACGUCCUCUCCCUGUAAAAUUCCAGGAUUUUUUUCCCCUUCACUUCCCCCUUGAGAAAUUCCCAGGAAUCCUUUGGAUAUUCCCAACCUUUCCCAUUUUUGAGGCCUUUCCCAUUUUUCCAGAAAAUUCCCAACCCCUUCCUAGGCUCCAAUCAUGGCUGGAGCCAAUCCCUGGGAAUUUGGAUCCCGGGAUAUUUUUGGGGCUGGAUCCACGGAAUUUUUUCCCCCUCCCUUUGGAAAAUCCGGGAGCUUUGAUCCUUAAAUCCCGAUUUUUUCCCGGGAAUCGCCGGAUCCUCUCCGAGGGAUCGCUCGGAAUUCCCAGGACUGGGAGUGGCCCCGGAUCUGGGAGAAUCCCGGCUGGAAUUCGGGAAUCCAGGAUGGAAUUUGGGAUCCGGGCUGGAAGAAUCCAGGAUGGAAUUUCAGGAAUCCAGGCUGGAAGAAUCCAGGAUGGAAUUCCAGGAAUGCAGAGCCCAUCCUCCUCUCCCCAAAUCCUCGGGAUUGAGACAAUUCCCAGGCGCCUUUCCAGGACCAUCCAGAGGCUCAGGAUCCGUGGAGAACCUCGGGAAAGGACGAGAUGAUCCCAAAAUUCCAGCUGCUUUUCCACGAGGAGCUGACUCCUGCGGGAAUCCCGGAAUUCCUUCUCCCUCCCCUUGCUGGGAAACCCGCAGGGAUUUUUCCAGGAGAUUCCCAGAAUCAAUUCCCUGACUCUGGGAGCGUUCCUGCUGCCCCUUUUCCCGGAAAAUCCCGGAUCCACCCUCGGAAUUCCGGGCUGGGAAGCACCAAAAUUCCCCCAGAAGCUCGGGAGGAGCAGGAGCAGGACACGGCUCCGGUCGGAAUUCCCGGAAUUUGGGACUGGAAUUCAAUCCAGAACUUUGGCUCUGCCUCCGUUUUUUUCCCAAUUUUUUUUUGUUUUGUUUCGUUUUGUUUGGUUGGUUUUUUUAUGGAAGCGACUUUGGAAUUCCUGGAAUGCGGUGUUGGGGGAGGGG